AUGUCAGCGGUGCUUUCACCUGGUGAUAGUGCUGGUGGAGAGGGACUCCACUGGGCUCCUAGCAAUGCAACCGGCACGCUAAUUUUCAUGCAUGGCUUGGGCGACACUGCCGGGGGCUGGACAGAGCUGCUGCAGCUGUUUGAAGCUGCACAGAUACACCAGAACACGCGGCUGAUCCUUCCCACAGCCUCGACGCGGCCGGUGACUCUCAACAUGGGGGUUCGUAUGACGGCGUGGAGCGAUAUUCGUGGUCUAUCUGCAGAUGCUAAGGAGGACAAAGAGGGCCUGAUGGCUAGCAAAGCUCGGAUUGACAAGAUAAUUGAGUCAGAGAUCAAAGCAGGCAUUGAUCCUUCGCGCAUUCUCGUUGGAGGGUUCAGUCAAGGCGGAGCUCUGGCAUAUUUAGUUGGGCUGACAUCUGAGCACAAGUUGGGGGGCAUCAUAGCGCUCUCUUCGUGGUGUCCUCUGGGCAAGGAGAUUGAAGUCUCAGGACAUCACUUUCAAGUUGUACCCGGGCCUGGGCCAUUCGGCCAACCAGCAAGAGCUCAACGACCUUAA